AAAGAGCUGGAUAAGAAGCAUGGUAAGCCCCAGCGAUGAGUCCGUUCUUUCAUCUCUGCUAGCAAGCUGGGUUACAAGAGUGCUGCCGAGUCUCUCCAUGCCCUCGCUAACAUCGGUCGUUGGCCUCUCGGCCAGUCUGGUCGGCCUCGUCGCCGGCCAGUACUUUCCCCCUACUCCCGAGGGCGUCAAGGUCAUUCAUUCCAAGCACCAGAAGGGCGUCACGAUAUCCUACAAAGAACCUGAAAUUUGCGAGACAACCCCAGGCGUAAAAUCUUACUCGGGUUAUGUCCAUCUGCCCCCUGGCACUCUCAACGAUCUUGGUUUGGAUCAGCAGUAUCCUAUCAACACUUUCUUCUGGUUCUUCGAGUCCCGAAAUGAUCCCGUCAAUGCGCCGCUCUCGAUCUGGAUGAAUGGCGGCCCGGGAAGCUCCUCUAUGAUCGGGCUCAUGCAGGAGAACGGGCCAUGCCGGGUGAAUAUCGACUCGAAUUCCACCGAGCUGAACCCGUGGUCAUGGAACAAUUACGUCAACAUGCUCUACAUCGACCAACCGAACCAGGUCGGGUUCAGUUAUGAUGUUCCUACUAAUGGAACGUACAAUCAAUUGACAGGUGUGCGUGACGUUUCUGGAUGGUCGACGGUCCCGGAGCAGAACAAUACGUUCUACGUGGGCACGUUCCCCAGUCUCAACGCCUCUGCUACUGCAAAUACCACUGAGAACGCAGCCCGCGCGCUCUGGUCGUUUGCGCAAACCUGGUUCACGGAGUUCCCCGCCUACAAGCCCCGUGAUGACCGGGUCAGUAUUUGGACCGAGUCCUAUGGAGGCCGCUAUGGUCCGUCUUUCUCUGCGUUCUUCCAAGAGCAAAACGAGAAGAUCGCCAAUGGCUCGCUUACCACGCCUGGUGAAUCACACUACAUUCAUCUGGACACUCUCGGGAUCAUAAACGGCUGUAUCGACCUGCUUGUGCAGGCUCCGUCGUACCCUGAGAUUGCGUACAACAACACCUACGGAAUCGAGGCAAUUAACGAAACCAUCUAUGAGUUUGCGAUGAAUGCAUGGAGCAAACCCGGUGGCUGCAAGGACCAAAUAGUCCGAUGCCGCCAGCUUGCGGCCGAAGGGGACCCUCGCAUGUAUGGCAACAACAAGACCGUGAAUGCAGCCUGCCAGGCAGCGGACAGGUACUGCAGCAACAACGUGGAAGGCCCUUACCCACUGUUCUCUGGACGAGGCUAUUAUGACAUCGCGCACUUCGACCCGGACCCUUUUCCUCCACCAUACUACCUGGGUUAUCUGAGCCAGCACUGGGUUCAGGAUGCCCUUGGGGUUCAUAUCAACUUUACCGAGUCUAUUGACAGCGUCUACAACGCAUUUGGAACUGUUGGUGAUUAUGCUCGAUCUGAUGUUCGCGGCUACUUGGAGGAUCUAGCUUACGUGCUCGACUCGGGUAUUAAGGUCGCCCUCGUUUACGGCGACCGCGACUAUGCCUGCCCGUGGAACGGCGGUGAGCAAGUAAGUCUGCAGGUUGACUACAGCCAUGCCGACAAGUUCCGCGCUGCCGGAUACGCACCGCUGCAUACCAACUCCUCAUAUGUCGGCGGCUCUGUACGCCAGUAUGGGAACUUCUCCUUCACGCGGGUAUACCAAGCCGGACAUGAAGUGCCGGCAUAUCAGCCGGAGACGGCGUAUGAGAUCUUCCACCGUGCAAUGUUCAAUCGGGACAUCGCAACAGGAAAGAUCUCCACGGCUAAGAACAGCACUUAUUCCACCAAGGGGCCUUCCUCGACAUGGAAUGUCACAAACACCGUGCCUGACAGCCCGGAGCCGACUUGCUAUAUCCUCUCACUGUCAUCCUACUGCACUGAGGAACAGACUCAAAGCGUGGCGAACGGGACUGCAUUGAUCAAAGAUUACAUAGUGGUGGAGGAAAGUCUCUAAACCGGGACCCCACUGCGAGCGUAUUUAGAUAUAUAUUGCUAUAUAUACAUAUAUACAU